CAGAGCUAGUUGAAUUAAUCAGCCUCGAAAAGCACAUAGAGCUGAAAGAGCACUUUCUCCUUCAACUCUCUGUGAUUUCCAAGGGAGGAUACAGUAACCACCCUCCCUACGUCAUGACAAAAGUGGGCAGUUCAUGGGGAGCCUCAGAGGCUCAAUGGCUACCAGAAUGCCUGCCAUGUUGGUGAACCUGUUCAACCAUUUCUCCAUUGUUUCCAGUAACUUGCAAACAAUAACCUUGGCAAGACAUAAAAUUUCUGUUGCCAUUUCCGUGGUGAUUCUUAAUUGCUUUUUUCAAUUUGAUGGUGUUUUGACAGUUCCAGGAGGCACCACUGUCCUGGUGGAGCUCACACCAGAUAUUCACAUUUGUGGCCUGUGCAAGCAGCAGUUCAAUAACCUAGAUGCAUUCGUUGCUCACAAGAGAAGCGGCUGCCAGCUGUCCGGCACGACAGCGGAGACCACCAGCACAGUACAGUUUGUAGCAGAGGAAACCGUGCCAGCGACCCAGACCCAAACCACAACGAGGACCAUCACUUCAGAAACCCAAACGAUCACAGUUUCUGCGCCAGAGUUUGUUUUUGAGCAUGGCUACCAAACCUACCUACCUGGCGAGAGCAGUGAGCCUCAGCCUGCCACCGUUGUCACCACUACACCGAAACCUCGCGCCAGAAAGUCCGCCACAUCAGGGGCGCAAAAGAAACUUAAUUGCUGCUAUCCAGGCUGCCAGUUCAAGACAUCCUAUGGUAUGAAAGACAUGGAGCGGCAUUUAAGAACACAUACUGGUGACAAGCCCCACAAAUGUGAGGUUUGCGGAAAGAGCUUCAGCCGCAAAGACAAGCUGAAAAUGCACAUGCGAUCCCACAGUGGAGUGAAGCCCUACAAGUGCAAGCACUGCGACUACGCAGCUUCCGAAAGCAGCAGCCUGAACAAGCACCAGCGCAUCCAUUCAAACGAGCGCCCUUUCAAGUGCCAGAUCUGCCCUUAUGCAAGCCGCAAUUCCAGCCAGCUCACGGUGCAUCUCAGGUCUCAUACAGGAGACGCUCCCUUCCAGUGCCGCCUCUGCAGCGCCAAAUUCAAAAUCAACUCGGACUUGAAGAGGCACAUGCGUGUGCACACGGGGGAGAAGCCCUACAAGUGCGACUACUGCGACGUGCGCUGUGCCAUGAAGGGCAACCUAAAGUCGCACAUCCGCAUCAAGCACAGCAUGGAGAACGCCUACCGGUGCCUCGAGUGCGAGUUCCAGUGCGGGAACAAGACCAGCCUCCGGCACCACCUGCGCACCCACCAGCCCGAGCAGCCGGUGAAAUGCUCGGAGUGCAGCUACUCCUGCUCCAACAAGGCCACCCUCAAGGUGCACGAGAGGAUCCACUUCAAGGACCGCCCUUUCAAGUGCGAGUUCUGCAGCUUCGACACCAAGCAGCGCAGCAACCUCACCACGCACAUGAAGAAGGCGCACGGGGACAAGGUCAGGGUCAAGAAGAAGGCGGCCGAGAAGGGGGAAGGAGAGCGGCCGAAGGAAGGCGGCUCCAGGCAAGUGGCCAGGCUGGAGGCCAAGAAAGCUUUCAAGUGCGAUCUCUGCGAGGCCUCGUUUGUCCGGGAAGACUCCUUGCGGAGCCACAAGAGGCAACACGUAGAGUACAACGGGGCUAAGAACACCGAGCUGGCCGUUUUGCAGUUCCAGGUGGACCCCACGAGGCCAACCGGCACCCCUAUUACCGUCAGCCACCUCCAGGUUCCGCUGCAGGCUUCGUCUUAUGGCAAAGGGCAGGUGAAGAUCAUCGUCGGACAUCAGGUACCCCAAGCCGGCGGUCUGGUGCAAGCGGCUUCCGUGAACAUUGUCCCACCAGCCUUAAUAAGCCAGAACCAAGAAGAUCUGUCUGGCAAUGGCCAGUUGCAAAUCCUGCAGCAAGUGAGCUUGCUCGCUCCCCCUCUGCCCCCGGGGUCUCAAGCGGAAAGCAUUUCGAUGGGCCAACAGGCUGUGCUCCUCACAACCCACAGUCCAGCGGACAGAGCCACACCCAGCCAGUCUCUGAUUCCCGACAUCCCCGUAGGCAGCCACGAGGCCUCUGCUACGCAGGCUUUCAUCAGCAGUGCCGAGAUUAGCUGCUCCGACUUGGAAGGACUCAAUGCUUUGAUUCAGGAAGGGGCCGGGGAGGUGACAGUGGUAAGCGAUGAGGACCAGAACAUCACUGUGGCUACCUCGGUGCCCCCUCCGCCCAUCUUUUCCUCUCCUUCUCACGCAGACGUGCCCAAGCAAGUCUACUCCAUUAUCCAAAGUGGUGCAAGUUUGCUGUAUCCUGCAGACUCCAUACCAGAUUAGUUCAAGAACAACGCAUUUGCUCAGCACUCAGUUGGCACAUCAGAUUAGGCCCUGGAUCCAGAUUAGGCUGCUGAGUACAGAAGGCGAAGCGAUCCCUGGUGUUGUGCCAGUUCAUUGCUUCACUCCCAGCUAUAGCUCUCAUCAUCCCUGACCAUCAGCCAGACCAGCUUGGGGGCUGAUGGGAGUUGUAGUCCAACAACGUUCUUAGGGCACCGUGUUGGCUGCCCCUGCAUUCCAUGCCUUACUGCAAAUAGAGCCCCUCCUCUUAAAGAGUACAGUGGUACCUCGGUUCUGGAACGUCUCCGUUGACAAACGUUUUGGAACCCGAAUGCCAAAAACCAAGAAGUAAAUGCAUCCGUUUCUGACCGCACCUCGGAAGUCGAACAGCUUCUGCUGCAUGUUUUUCAAUUUUCUCAAUUGAAUUUGCUGGCAGCCCUUUGCGCCUCGGUUUUCGAACGUUUCAGAACUCCAACAGUCUUCCGGAAUGGAUUAUGUUCGAGAACCAAGGUACCACUGUAUUGCGUGCGUGUUUUAAUGGACUUAGUGGUGGUUAUGCUUUUGAGACCAGGGAAUGGAGAAACUAUGAGAUUAUACCAACAGGUGCCCCCCCCCCGUGAGCUGCAGUCUUCAUUACACACGGUUCAUCUCUUGCCCGUUCCUGCGCUAGAUUGUUCAUUUGGUUCACGACACAAUAUUUCACAGCUGCUUGGUAGCAAAUACUGUCCCUCCUACACCUCUUGCCCCAUUUGAAGGUUACAGCCUUAAAAGACAUAUAGGAAAAGAAGUUGCACUGAAAUUACCUUCCAGCUUCACAGCCAACUCCAGUCACGAUGUUUGUAACCCAAUGAAUUUCAGAGAAGGGUGUGUUGUUGUUUUUCUUCCAAUUCCGCAUUGGCUUUCAUUUCCCAGGCUUUCCACAAUCAUGUUCAAAGUAAAUAUAAUAUAUUUUGAAAUAAUGGCGCAGCCUUGGACUGUAAUCCUGUGCCAAAUUGUACUGCACUGUGCGGUGUAGUGGUUAAGAGCGGUAGACUCGUAAUCUGGGGAACCGGGUUCGCAUCUCCGCUCCUCCACAUGCAGCUGCUGGGUGACCUUGGGCUAGUCACACUUCUUUGAA